GAAUGGGAUGAAAUCCACAUUUGGCUCUUGCAUUCAUAUCCACGUUUGGCUCCUUCAACCGUAUGAUCUAAUUUCGAAUCUUUGUGUAACUGCAAGAGCCGAAUCUAAGAUUUCACCCAGUUGAACCGCUGAUAUCGGACUCGGACAAAAAAUCCCGGUAGUUGCAGUUGGUUGGUGACGAUGAACUCCAUAGGGACGUCGGGUGGAGGAGGGAGAUCAUGGGCCUCGACGACGUCGGUGUCGGCGUCGGUCAAGAGAAUACAAAAGGAGAUGGCCGACCUCCACGCUCAUCCACCUUCCGAUUGUUCUGCUGGCCCCAAAGGCGACAAUCUUUUCCACUGGAUCGCCACAAUCAUUGGCCCUCCUGGAACACCAUAUGAAGGAGGCAUAUUCUUUCUUGACAUAACUUUUCCGAAUGAUUACCCAUUCAAACCUCCCAAGGUGGUAUUCAAAACUCGUAUCUAUCACUGCAACGUUGAUUCAGCUGGCAAUGUUAGUUUGGAUAUUUUCAAAGAAGGUUGGAGCCCAGCUCUGACAAUCUCAAAGGUGCUUCUAGCAAUUAGAGCUAUUUUCACAAACCCUGACCCCUAUAAUCCAGCGGUUGCUGGCAUUGCCCACUUGUACUUGGCAGAUAGAUCUAAACAUGAUGAAAUAACCGCAGAGUGGACACUGCGAUUUGCAAGGUAAAAUUUGAUACAGCAGCAUCCAGCUCUAGGAUUUCACCCAUCUAUCUACCACGAUGCUACUAUGCAAGCUAAAUGGAGUCUCAUCUGUAAAAGCAAUCCCCUUGUUUUGCCUAGCGAUCCCACCAUCACCAUGUACAAUCAAUGACAUCUAUGUUGCGACUUGCAAAUACUCAGUAGGCCUUUUGUUAUGCUGCUGCUGCUUCUCUGUCGUUGUAUCAUUGUCGUCUUCAAGGAGGAAGUUGGUACUUCUUGGUGGCAGCACCAAUGUUCCAACUUAAACAACACGCGUUCUUUAUCUUGAAAUAAUUCAUGCAAGUAUUUCUAGA